AUGCCGAGACGCAAACAAACAGAGGCAAAAAUCCAUGGUUAUCCUCAUGCAGACAUUCGUCACGAGGUACUUUUGCAAAUAUUGAGCAAACUUCCUAUCAAAACUUUGAUGAAAUUCCGUUGUGUAUGCAAAUUAUGGUCAGAGUCAAUUGUGAAUGAUCCACGGUUUAUCGAAGCUCACUUUCUUGAAUCUCAAAAGAAUCCCAUUCUCAUGUUUAAAUACUUACCCAAAGAGUUGGAUCAUAUGGAACGGCCGUAUAGUUUUUUGCGUGAAAAGGAAGAAUAUCGCACUAAUCACUUGUUCUAUUUAGAAAAAGAUGAGUUUGUUAAUGGUACUGGUAAAGUUUUGCACAAUGUGCUGAAUCUAAUAGCUUCGCAAAACAGUUCUCCAAGGAGACUAAUUGGUUAUUGCAACGGUUUAGUAUGUUUUAUGGUGGGCGUUCCAUAUUCCAGUGGAUGCUGGUCUUAUUUCGUCGUUGAGAUCUUCAACUUUAGUAAACUCGAGAAACUACGCAUUGUCUCUCGCAUACCUACACCCCCAUUCACAUCUGUGGGUGAUUGUCGAUUUGGAUAUGAUGUCCUGGCAAAAGAAUAUAAAUUGAUGUGCAUCCUUCUUUAUAUUGACGAUGAAGAUGAGGUAUACAACAAAUACAUAAUCUUGACAAUAGGAGGUUCUGGUACUCAAUCUUGGAGAAAAAUUAAGCAUCCGAUGACAAUGAAAGGUCACCCACGGUCACCUGGCCGUUGUAUUGACGGGGCUCUUUUUUGGGUGAGGUAUGAUACGGAUGAAUGCAAAAAAGUUCUGAUUUCGUUCGACCUCCAUGACGAGAAGUUUCAAGUGAUUAAUUUACCAACGGCUGGUAUGUAUUUUCCAGAAUAUGAUCAUCAAUUAGAAUACAAAAGAUGUUUCUGUUAUGCCAGCGUCAAGAAACCUGACACUCGUAGUGGCGCGGUUGAGUUACAUAUAUUGAAAGACAGAAUCCAACAAGUUUGGGAAACAAAGAUUAUUACAUUUGAUCUUCCAGAUACAGUAAGAAAUCCUCCUGCGGCUCCAUGUUACGACUUCAAAGGUCUUACCUUUUCUCUUAGCGAGGAAGGCAUUACCAGUAUCCGAAUUGUAGAAUUCGAUGGUCGAAUAUAUCUAUAUUGGAGGAAUAUGGAGAACGAGAAAGGAAGUCAUAUUAUUCAAUUUUACGAUUUGGAAUCGAAAAAACUUACAGAAGUAGAAGGUCCUACAGGUGGUAAAUGUGGUAAAGAUUAUCAUGUCGCUAAUCAUGUCGAGAACCUUGUUUCCUUAAAAGCCUGGACGACGCAUGAAGGAGAUGGAGGUGGAGUACUACUGGGGCGCAACUUUGAUACGGGCACUUCCAAGAAGAUAGAAGACAUGUUUAAGCAAAUGCCAGCGAGUACUACGGAUGGCGAAAUGGUUUCAUAUUUUUCUUCUCUAAGUUUCUCUGGAAAAAAUAAAGACGUACUAUUAGUUAUUUAA